AGUUUCAAUUUUACGCAAAUAAUUACUCCAUUAAUUCUACGUGAUUCUACGAUGAAUUCUACGAGUAAAUUGAUAGUAGAAAAUGUGGAAAGUAUAAAUUAUCUCCGGCAAAAGGAGAACACGAAUAAUGCAAAAAGCUUUUCCGAUUCAUUUCUGCCUCAUAUUGAAGCUGAUCAAAAUACAGAAACGGAUUCAUCUUAUACAAGUUCUGAGAUAACAACUUCGAUUACAGAGAAAGUUGAUAGUAUUAAGUCAUGUGAGUCUGUUUUAAAGAUAUUUACCUUUGAAAAUAGAGGUUUUAAUCAACGUAAUGAAAAAUGCCUUGAAUUUUGGAACUUAAUUGAAAGCCAUCCAGAAAUUCAACCGGUUAAUUGUACCAUUAUGGACGCACAGAGAAAUAAACGAGAUAAAGAAUGCCAAACGGAACAAGAGGAAAGUGAAGAAUCGUCAUGGGUGCGAGCUUUACAUCUCUUAAAAGAGAAACACCUCGAUAAAGCGGCUAUGAAUGCUGGUACAAUUUCUUGUAAAUAUUGCCAAUAUCCGAAAUUCAUUGAUGUUGAAUCUUCCGACAGUGACCAUUUAUCUGAAUUAGAUGAAUUUGAUCCACCAUGUCUAAACAUGUUGGGAAAACCCUUAGAAAAAGUUUCAACCGAAUCAGACCAAUCGUUAUUAAAACACAAAAAAUCUAAACCAAAACCUGUUUUAAUAGAAAUCCCCAUACCUAUUAAAACUUUACCUGAACCCGAAAUCGAAGAAAAAAGCAUUGACAGCAAUACCUUCAACAUCUCACCCACACCAGCUAACACGGAAGAAACUAUUGUUGGGGCUAAUUUUACAACAACAAAUGAGUCUACAACAAACUUAGAUGAAAAAAGUGAACCAACAGUUGAUGAACUAUCUAAUUCUGAUACAAUUUUAAAUUAUAUAAAUGAAAGUAACGAUCAGCCUUGUGAAUGCGCCGAUAAUUUGGUUGAUUACAAAUGUAUAAGAGACGAUAUAAAUGAGCAGCUAUUAAAAAGUCUUAAUGAAACGGCCAAAAAUCUUAUAAAAUUAAAGGAGGAUGAACAAAAAAAUAUUGAGAGUUCAUGGAAAAGUAAAGAUAUUAUGGAAAGUUGGAAGAAACCAUCUGCGAAAGUCUCAAAAGUUGCUUCAUCACAAAUCAAAGUUGAAGAAAAUAUUGAGAUUUUACCGAAGGUAACGAUAGAUGAUGGAGCAGAUCAACAAGAUAAGGAAAAGGAUGUUGAGAAAACGAGGAGAGUUAGAGACAGCUACAAUUUUCCUCAACGUAUUUUUAGUUUAAUAGGAGUUGAUCCUAUGGAAUAUAGAAAAGGAACUGCUCAAAGUCGUAAAACUCUCCUGCAACAAGCUUUAAAGGAAAACUAUAGUAAAUUGGUUAAAAAGGAUCCUGAAGGUCCAACAACACUGCCAUGUCCUUGCACAGAUUCUCUUCAAGAAAAAACAAAUUCUUAUUGUUCUUGCAAAUCAGGAAAACGUGCUGUUCCUCCAGGUCUUGAAAUAAAUGACCUGAAUGAGUUCACAAAACAUAUGCCUUAUAAAUCCGAGUUAGAAUGCAUAAAAAUGAUGGUUGAAGGACUCAGAAAAAUAGGUUAUAAAAACUUAGGGAUCGUGGAAACUUCCAAUGAAAUAAGGGAUUUAUUAAAAAGGAUUCAAAAUAGGGAAAUUAGUGAACCUUGUAACUGUCCUUUACACCAAAUUGAUAUGGAUCGUAUUGAAGAACAACUCAAAGAUGAAAAAUAUAUGAAAACCAUGUUGUGGAAAAGGUUUGAGGAAAGUUUAGAUGUAAAAUAUGGCAAAGAUUUGGGUGUUACAAGCUUUGGGGGUAUUAAAGCUAAAAAAACACAAUGUGAUAUUGAUAAUAACGAUGAGGUUGACCAAUGA